AUGCUUGCUGCUGCUGUUGUUACUGAUGCAGCCGCUGUUCCAGCAGCAGCAGCAGCAGCAGCAGCUACUGAACUAGCAGCAGCAACAACAGUGAGGCGGGAUAGCAGCAAUAAUUCUACAGCCGCAGCAACAAGAACAGCAGCAGCAGCAGAAACAGCAGCAGCAGCUGCAGAAGAGGCAGCAUUAGCAGCAGAAGAAGCAGCAUCAGCAGCAGCAGCAGCAGCAGAGGCAGCAUCAGCAGCAGCAGUAGCAGAGGCAGCAGAGGCAGCAGAGGCAGCAGAGGCAGCAGCAGCAGCAGCAGCAGCAGCAGCAGCAGCAGCAAUACCCCUUGAUGACAGUGCCAAGGGGCUUUGCUGCUUUCAAGAGAGCAGCAGGUGUCUCCUCAGCAGCAGCUUCUCCGUGAUCUCCGCUGCAACAGCAGCAGCAGCAGCAGCAGCAGCAGCGAUGUCAGCAGCAGCAGCAGCAGCAGCAGCAGCAGCAGCAUCAGAAGCAUUGCGUUUCUUGCUGAUGAGAUGUACAGACACCUCGGCCACAAAAUUAAAAAGAGACGAAAGAAGAAGAAUGCAGCAGCAGCAGCAGCAGCAACAGCGGCAGGAGCAGCAGCAGCGGCAGGAGCAGCAGCAGCAACAACAGCAGCAGCAGCAGCAGUAA